GUCCCUUGAAAAAACAUGGCUGCGCCCAUUAAAGAUUGAUAAAAACGCAAAAAUAAUUUCAAAAUGGAAAAUAAUACAAUAAAAUACAAGUCUUUUGCAGCAGUUACACAAGAUGUUUGCCAAACCUUAGCAAAUUAUUACUACUCCAAGACUAAGUUGCAUGAUUUCAAUAAAGGGGAUAAAAAUAAUAUGAAAGAUUUGUUCAGCCAAUGUGUAUUUUGUUGUAACAAGUUUUCUGGAGGCAACCACAAAGUUCGGAUCAUACCAAAGCCAGCCCUCAAUAAAAACAUAAAAAGAUUGUUGACAAGACAUGAGAAAGAAUCUUCUACGCUAGGAAAAUUCCAAACUAAACUUGUAAAUGACUAUAUACACAGCAAAAAUACACUGACAGUUACCUGCAAUGUUUGUAAGAAGACAUCAAAAGUGCCAGGUCUUUCAAGAGCCGAAAAGCAGAAAUUUGAUUUGCUUCAGAAUAAGAAAUUAAAUUUACAAGAAGAAUUAGAAGAUAUUAAAGUUCCGAGUAAAAAGGAAAAAAAGAAAGAGAAGAAGAAGUUGCAGAGGAAGAGGAAAGCAGAUGGUUUGACAGAAGAAGAUAUUACUGCUGGUUUGAAAAUACCUAGAAGUACUGGACUAGCAGCUGAUCAAGAUGUUACUGAAGACAGAUUAAACCCAAGAUUACCAGAAUCAUUUGAAGAUGAUGACCAUCUUACAAAACCCUCAACGCCUUCAAAUGAAAUCGAAAAAUUGUGUAGAACUGAAACUGUAAAAGAGAAAAAUAGGAGUCAUAAAACAAUGUCAGAAGAUGUGUUACAGAGUAAUACCCGAAGUUACUCACAAAUACAAAACAAACAAACAAAUAAACAAACCAGUGCUAAAACUGGAAUCGCCUCCAUACCAAAGACUUUACCUAGUGUUCAGAAACGACAAAAGAAGAAACAAAGGUCCAAGAAAAUGAGCCAACACUUGAGUAACAUUUUAAAAAAAGAACAGGAAAAGAAAACAGAAGGAACUCUUGCAGAUUUUCUAUCUAGUGUGUAAGAAAACAGUGUACUUUUUUAAUCCCUACAGUGCUUGUAAUGUAAUGUUUUGGAAGGGUAUUGUUAAUACAAUAAUACUAGUGUAUACAAAAACCACUCCUAAACCACUUGGCCAAAUUUGUUGAAACUUUGCAGAGAUGUUCCUUGCAUGAAGCUCUUGCAAAGUUAUUCAAAGAAUUAAAUUGCAUGAAGAACUCUGUUUGUCAUGGCAACCAUAAGAUUUGUUUUACAAAAAUCUUAAAAAAUCUUCUUGUAAAAAACCGAAAGAGCUAGUGCUUAGAUAUUUGGCAUGAAACAUCUUCUAGUGGAUGUCUACCAAGUUUGUUUAAAUAAAAGUCCUAGUGUCAAAAUUGGCCCUGCCCCAGGGGCAUUGAUUUUCCUUAUAUGUAUAUAGUAAAAACUUAAAAAAUCUUGUGAAAAUCUAAAAGAGAUAGAGCUUAAAUAUAGAGCAUGAAACAUCUUCUAACAGAUGUCUAGCAAGUUUGUUCAAAUAAAAUCUCUAGGGUCAAAAUUGAUCUCACCCCAGGGGGUCAUUGAUUUUCCUUACAUGUAUAUAGUAAAAACUAAAAAAUCUUCAUGUGACAAUCUAAAAGCACUAUAGAUAAGAUAUUUAGCAUGAAACAUCUUUUAGUGGAUGUUUACCAAGUUUGUUCAAAUUAAACCCCUAGGGUCUAAACUGACGCCCGCCCAGAUUGUCAUUGAUUUUCCUUAUAUGCAUAUAGUAAAAACUUAAAAAUCUUCUUGUAACAAUCUAAAACCGCUAUAGAUUAGAUAUUUGGCAUGAAAUAUCUUCUAGUGGAUGUCUACUAAGUUUGUUCAAAGAAAUGCCCGAGGAUCAAAUUGGCCAGGCUCCAGGGGUCAUUGAUUUUCUUUAAAUAUAUAUAAAGUAAAAACUAAAAUAAUCUUUUUUUGUUCAAAUAAAAGCCCUAGGGUCAAAAUGGACCCCACCCCAGGGAUCAUUGAGUUUCCUUAUAUAUACAUGUAUAUAGUAGAAACUUAAAAAAGUUCUCUUGUGAAUAUUCGAAAGACCUAGAGCUUAGAUAUUUGGCAUGAAACAUGUUCUAGUGUAUGUCUACUAUGUUUGUUGAAAUAAAACCCCUAGGGUCAAAAUUGGCCCCGCCCCAGGGGAUCAAGGUUGACAGUUCAAUUUCCAGCCAGGUCAAAUGUUUAUUUUCCCUCUCUUUUUCUAUCAUGCUUUUAUUAGCUCACCUCAUUUAUUGACAGGCUGAACUGUUUAAUAAAAUGGCUGCCAGAGUUAAAAUUGGAAAACAACAACAACUAAACCACAUCUUAACUACUGGUUCAGUUUUGAAAUAAUUGUACACAAACAUUUCCUUGGUGACAGUGUACAAAAAAAAAUCAGAUUUAGCUGUCCCUUGUUUUCAAAUUAUGCUUCUGGGGUGAAAAGGGGCAACACUGACCUUUUGACCUAUUUCUCAGGUGAGCGAUCCAGGGCCCUCUGGGCCCUCUUGUUUAAUUUUUAUUAGUAUUCACAAACUUAGGCAAGAUUGAAGGUUUUCAAAUGAAUGGAUAGGUAUAUUUUGAACUUUAAGUUAUUUUUUGGCGUUGAAAUUUAUUCUCUUCAGGAUUGAUAAAACUCCAACACAAUUCUUUAUUUAAUAAUGUAACAAUCUUACUAAAGAAGUAGCAAUUACAGAAUGAUACAGGUUUUUUCAUGGAGGUGUUAAAUGUUAAAAACUAUUUUAUAAGUUUACUUGGCUUCUCCAUGUUCAAGUGGUUUGAAUCACUGGCUCAUUGUUGCAAAUUUGAAUUGAAUUCUUCCAGCUUAAGGUUUGUGUCUGAAUUGAAUGAAAGCAUUAGAAGUGAAAUUGAAAUGCAAUACAUAUGGAUUGGACAUUGCAAGGGCAACUAUUCUCCGACACAUCUUGUGUUAUUAUCUCCCUUUUAAUAAAAUUUUAGCCUCAA